UGUACCUUCCCUUCCUCUUUCCCUCCCUUCCUUCCAUCAAGUACCUAACAAAGCUGUUGGUUGAGUGCCAUGGACGACGGCGACAACAUGGCUCACAACAACAGCGAAAUCGACGACAAGACAUCAUCAUGGCCACCUGAAAAGGUCGCCGCCGACUUCCAUGGUAUCGACGAGAAGCACCCCGACGGUCAGGGCAGCGUCGAUCCCGAGUCGCUGGAGGGAGAGACCGGCCCGCUGGAGACGGCCGAGGAUAUCGUCACCCACGUCAUUGCCGUCGACGAUGACCCGUCCUUGAGCCCAUGGACCUUUCGCAUGUUCUUUGUCGGUGUGGGCCUUUCAGUCUUCGGCGGUGUCUUGCAGGAAAUCAUGUACUUCAAGCCCCAGGUCGUUUAUGUGUCCGUCAUGUUCUUGACCGUCCUCGCCCAGGCUUUGGGUACAGCGCUGUCUCAGCUUAUCCCGAGAAAAGGUGCCAUCGGCCGCUUCCUCAACCCGUUUCCCUGGAACCGCAAGGAGCACACGGCUGCCGUCCUCAUGGCCUCGGCGGCUUCGGUAUCGGCCCUUUCCACCGAAGCCCUGUCGGUGCAGGAGCUGUGGUACGGCGGCUACCCCAGUACCGCAGCCGGCGUCUUCAUCACCCUGUCCUCUCAGCUCAUCGGCUACGGUGCCGCUGGCAUGAUGCGCUCUGUUCUGCUGUACCCGACCAAGAUGUUGUACCCUGCCAACCUGCCCAUCACCACCGUCAUGGAGACCCUGCACAAGCCCAAGGCCGAGACGGCCAAGCGCUUCAAGGUCUUUUGGAUCAUCUUCGUCGCCAUCUUCUGCUGGGAGUGGUUCCCCGAGUACAUCUUCCCCAUCCUGUCCGCCGUGUCCAUCUUCUGCUUAGCCGACCAGAACAAUGCCGUCUUCACCAACCUCUUUGGCGGUUCGCAGGGUAACGAGGGCAUGGGCUUUCUCAACAUCUGUUUCGAUUGGAACUACAUCGCCGGCUUCGGCUCCCCGCUGUGGAUGCCCCUGCAGACUCUCACCAACAGCUUCAUCGGCUACCUCGGCGGCAUCAUCCUGUCCAUGGGUCUCUACUACAGCAACAUCUGGCGAGGCAUGGACUUCCCCUUCAUGUCCCAGCUUCUGUACGACGGCAGCUCUAACUCGACCAACUACGUGGUCUAUAACGAGACCCUCAUCAUGAACUCGGACUUCACCAUUGACACUGACGCCGUCGAUAAGGUUGGCGUCCCGUACCUGACUGCCACGUACGUCAACUACCUCAUCACCACCAACGCCAGUCUCACCGCCACCCUGAUCCACAUGCUCCUUUGGAACUACGACGACGUCAGCAAGGCCUGGAGCUGGAUCACUCUCGACAAGCUCAAGUCGCUGCUUAAGCCAUCCACGUACUUCUUCUGGAAGUCCACCGGGGCCCGGACUGAAGUCGAGAAGGAGGCGAUUCGCCAGGACCCAACCAUCGACCCCCAUUACCGUCUAAUGGUCGACUACGACGAGGUGCCCAGCAGCUGGUACUUUGUCGUCUUUGUUAUCAGCAUUAUCGUCGGUAUCGUCUGCCUCUACGUCAUGAAGUCGACUUUGCCGUGGUGGGGAUUCAUCAUCGGCACCCUCCUCCUGAUCGUGCUCAUCAUCUUCUUCGGUGCCCAGUCCGCCAUCACGGGCUUUACCGUCAACAUGCAGCCAGUCAUGCAAAUGCUAGCGGGCUACAUGUUUCCCGGCAAGCCAUUAGCAAACAUGUACUUCACAACCUACACCUACAACGGUCUUUCCCAAGGCAUCCUCCUCCUUCGCGACCUCAAACUCGCCCAGCAAAACAAACUCUCCCCCCGCGCCACCUUCACCACGCAAAUGGUCGGGUGCGUCAUCGGCGCCCUUCUCAACUACGUAAUGAUGAUCAGCAUCGUCAAGAACCAGGCUCCCCUCCUCAAGUCCGCCGAGGGAAGCAACGUCUGGUCCGGCGCCCAAGUCCAGCAAUUCAACACGCUCGCCAUCGCCUGGGCCAUCGCCCCCAAAAUGUUCUCCAUCGGCGCCCGCUACCAGUGGGUCACGGCCGCCUACCUCGUUGGCUUCCUUGCCCCUUUGCCCUUUUAUAUCAUGCACCGCUUCGUCUUCCCCCGCCAGCGCAUCUGGUCGUAUCUCAACACGUCCAUCAUCCUGUGGUACCUAGGCGAACUGUUUGUCGGUCUUAAUGCGUCGAUUACAAGUUAUUAUAUCUUGGGUGCCUUUGGACAGUUUUACCUCCGUCGGUAUAGGCCGCAGUGGUUCGUCAAGUGGAAUUACUUGGUUUCGGCUGCGCUGGAUGGUGGGACCCAGGUCAUGAUUUUCAUUGCGACGUUUGCUGUCUUUGGUGGGUCGGGCAAGGCGGUGCCGUUUCCCGAGUGGGCGGGGAAUCAUCCGAAUAACUUGGAUUAUUGCAAGUAUAACUCUAGUUAG